CUCGAGUUAAUAUUUUUAAUACGCGCCUGUUGAAUUUCCUCGAUGCGGCCCUGUUUCCGAUCGCCGAAGUCCGUUGACGUUAGGUUUUCUUGUUUUUUAUUGUUUUGCAGAUUAUUUGAUUUAUGUCCACCGUAGAUUUUAAAAGCCUGUCGUUUUAUUCGUUAUUUAAUUGGCGGUAAUUUACUUUUCAACCUCUAAACUCGCUCUCGAAGCAAAAAGAAAAAGCACGUGUCCUAACCAACAAAUUAUCCGGCGAAAAUGGCGAGCGUGGAAAAAAUCAGCGAAAUCGUGGAGGGCAUGAGCCUGAAAAAAGAGAACGGGAACAUGGAGACAAUGGAAGUGGCCGCCGCAGUGAACAACCACGUCGUCUCCAAGGAGGAGAAGAUGGAGGAUGUCCCGGCUGAUGAAAUGACUUCGAGGGACUACUACUUUGAUUCGUAUGCCCACUUUGGCAUACACGAAGAGAUGCUGAAGGACGAGGUGCGCACCCUCACCUACCGCAACUCGAUGUACCACAACAAGCACCUCUUUGCUGGUAAAGUGGUGAUGGACAUCGGGUGCGGAACGGGCAUCCUCAGCAUGUUCGCUGCCAAAGCCGGGGCCAAAAGAGUUCUAGCUGUCGAGUGCUCCAACAUCGUGGACUAUGCCAAGCAGAUCAUCGAAGCCAACCACUUGGACCACAUCAUCACCAUUGUCAAAGGUAAAGUCGAGGAAAUCUCUCUCCCGGAAGGUAUAGACGGAGUGGACAUAAUAAUAUCCGAGUGGAUGGGUUACUGCCUGUUCUACGAAAGCAUGCUCGACACAGUAUUAUUCGCGCGCGACAAGUGGCUAAAACCCGACGGUCUUUUGUUCCCCGACAGGUGUUCGCUGUUCGUAACGGCCAUCGAGGACCGCCAAUACAAAGACGAGAAGAUCAACUGGUGGGACGACGUGUACGGUUUCGACAUGAGUUCCAUCAGGAAGGUGGCCAUAAGCGAGCCCCUGGUGGACGUUGUGGACCCCAAACAGGUGGUCACCACGCCGGCGCUGAUAAAAGAGGUCGAUUUAUACACGGUUACAAAAAAAGAUUUAGAGUUUGCCGCCCCGUUCACCCUCACCGUGCGCCGCAACGACUACGUGCAAGCUUUGGUGACGUACUUCAACGUCGAGUUCACGAAGUGCCACAAACGCAUCGGCUUCACCACUGCCCCCGACGCGCCGUACACGCAUUGGAAACAAACUGUGUUCUACUUCGAGAACUACAUGACGGUCAAAAAGGGCGAGGAGGUGAACGGGGUGUUCACCAUGAAGCCCAACCCCAGAAACAACAGGGACCUGGACUUCGUCAUCGAGUUGAACUUCAAGGGGGAACUCGGCGAAGUUCACGAGAACAACAGAUAUCGCAUGCGUUAAUCCGCCGUCGACUGUGCUUCUCUUUCCUUCAAUUAUUUAAAUCACUACGCAGUUUAUCCCCCCUGAAAUUAAACUGUCCCCCAACUAGUCCCUUAGUUCUUUUUUAUUAUUUUUUUAUUAUUUAUAAGUAAGACAAAAAAAUAACCGAAUUAUUCGAUACGAAACGGCGGGAAUCUCACUGCGUUUAGUGCUGUUGACUGGCAAAUUCAAAUUGUGAUUAGUAUUUGUAAACUGAACUGUGGUUUGUAGUUGUAUUAUUGAGGAUUCGCGAGCUAGAAUUCAUAUUUUUUUGUAACAUGUAAUUCAAUUAAUAUUAUAAUCUAAUAAUGUGAACAAUAAAACUUUUCAUUUUA